GAGCGGGAGCUGGGCCCGGAGCGCAGGGCCGCGGCGCGCUGCUGAGGCGAGUCGGGGCCGCCGAGCGCGGCUGGCCGGGGCCACGGCGGAGGCCGAGAGCUGGGAGCCGAAAGAUUUAGGGCGACGGGACCUGCCAGCAGAAUGCCUUCACCCUCUGAGCACGACCCCGAGGCCACCAGGAUGAGCGCCGCGGCCGGGCUCUGGAGAGCCCCCCCAUCACACUAGCUGGGCCGCGGGGCCUGCCCGCCUGUCUGCCCACCGCGGGCUGCGAUGGUGUGCUAGCCAGCACCAAGCACCGCCACCUCAGGUUUCCGCAGGCUUGGGAUUUGCACGGCAGAGUCACCGUGGAGAGGCCAGGGUACCACAAACUGAUGGAUUUUGACAAGAAAGGAGGGAAAGGGGAGUCGGAGGAGGCUCGGAGGAUGUCCAAGGCUGGUGGCAGCCGGAGCAGCCACGGUGUCCGCGGCUCAGGGGCCAGCUCGGGGGUCCUGAUGGUGGGCCCCAACUUCCGUGUCGGCAAGAAGAUCGGCUGCGGGAACUUCGGGGAGCUCCGCCUGGGGAAGAACCUCUAUACAAACGAAUACGUAGCCAUCAAACUGGAGCCGAUCAAGUCACGCGCCCCACAGCUGCACCUGGAGUACCGCUUCUACAAGCAGCUAAGCACGGCAGAGGGCGUCCCCCAGGUCUACUACUUCGGGCCGUGCGGGAAGUACAACGCUAUGGUACUGGAGUUGCUGGGACCCAGCCUCGAGGACCUGUUUGACCUCUGUGACCGCACCUUCACGCUCAAGACUGUCCUCAUGAUCGCCAUCCAGCUGAUUACACGCAUGGAGUAUGUGCAUACCAAAAGCCUCAUCUACCGGGACGUGAAGCCAGAGAACUUCCUGGUGGGGCGGCCGGGCACCAAGCGGCAGCACACCAUCCACAUCAUCGACUUCGGGCUGGCCAAGGAGUACAUUGACCCCGAGACCAAGAAGCACAUCCCGUAUCGCGAGCACAAGAGCCUGACCGGGACUGCCCGCUACAUGAGCAUCAACACCCACCUGGGCAAGGAGCAGAGCCGCCGCGAUGACCUGGAGGCCCUGGGCCACAUGUUUAUGUACUUCCUGCGUGGCAGCCUCCCCUGGCAAGGGCUCAAGGCGGACACGCUCAAGGAGCGCUACCAGAAGAUUGGCGACACCAAGCGGGCCACGCCCAUCGAGGCGCUCUGCGAGAACUUUCCGGAGGAGAUGGCCACGUACCUGCGCUACGUGCGGAGGCUGGACUUUUUUGAGAAGCCUGACUACGAGUACCUGCGCAAGCUCUUUUCCGACCUCUUUGACCGCAGCGGCUUUGUCUUCGACUACGAGUACGACUGGGCCGGGAAGCCCCUGCCCACGCCCAUCGGCACGGUGCACCCUGACUUGCCCGCACAGCCCCAGCUCCGUGACAAGGCCCCACCGCACCCCAAGCACCAGGCCCUGAACUCCACCAACGGGGAGCUGAAUGCAGACGACCCCACGGCCGGCCACUCCAACGCGCCCAUCACGGCGCCUGCGGAGGUGGAGGUGGCCGAUGACACCAAGUGCUGCUGCUUCUUUAAGAGGAGGAAGAGGAAAUCGCUGCAGCGACACAAAUGAGCCCACUGGGUGCAGACCUGCCGUUGAGCCCCUCGGGCAUGAACUGGCGAUAGGCCACAGCCGCCCAGGCAGACCUGCCACCGCCGGAUGCAGAACGUGGGCUGCUGGGCACGAUGCCACGACCCCACUCCACGUGGGGCUCUCCUUCACGUAAGACUUUGGCCGAGAUUUCUACACCUGUGUCUAGUCCUCCCCUCCGAGAGCAUUAACUAUUUAAACACAGAAACUCAGCAGAGGCCGCCUGCUGCCCGUCUGUGGCAGGAGCGGGGCAGGCUCUGCCGCAGUAUCAUAAAGUCCAGCUCAUCUCCCUCCAUCCAAAGGCCGUUUUCUCAGGGGGGGCAGAGCUGGGCGCUGCUGCUCAUGGGCCCGGCCGGGGCGCCGCCGGGUGGUGCUUACCAGGGCCUGUGCGUAGGGAUGAGGCCCCCGGGCCCCCCAAACCAAAGGGGCAGGCAGGGGUGGGAACGUGGCCACCCCAACCAAAAUGCUGCACCAAAGCUCAGCAGCCCCACUCAGCCUCGCCCGGCCCUGUGUGUGGCCGGCUCCUGCCAGGCAGGUGGCUGUGAUGCACCUGAUUCCAGAGGCUAGGUCCCAGCACCAGACCUGUGGGGACAUCCUCCCUGGUGUGGCCGUCUGGGCUCCUCCCACGUCCGGUGCAGCUGGUGACAAAACCGCCUUAAAGUCCCCGGCGCGGCCUCGGGGGCGUUUGCAGGGCCCAGGGCGGCCGCAGCUGCCGGGCAGGCAGGCAGGCGGGCGGCAGUCGUGCGAGUCUAGUUCUUGCUUUACAACGUGUACAGAAAUGGCAUUUACGUUUCUCUGAUGCUUCCUUGAAGCCAUAGGACUUAGGGGCUUUUUUAAAAAAAUUAAAGAAAAAUGAAACCAAUCUCAAGUGUGGUGUCUCUUCCAGGGGCUCAGAGGCAGGCAGCUGCCCCAGAGACCGACUCCCUUCUGGUCUGGGUGGAGGGCAGUGGGGCUAGGGGACCAGGGUAAGCCCCUACUGGAGGGACUACAGGAACAUCAGGGCAUGAGAAACAGAAAACAGCGAUAGAACUAAAAUAAAUUUAUGAGCUCAGCCUGUGGUGUUUUCUUUUGGCUUAUUAACCUGAUCAAGAUGACCAGAACCCACAGACACAUGCAAACUAAAAAAUAACCCAAACCCACUGCCGUCGAGUUGACUCUGACUCAUAGUGACUGUAUAGGACAGAGUAGAGCUGCUUCACAGGGUUUCCAAGGCUGUAAUUUUUACAGAAGCAGACUGCUCAUCUUCCUCCUGUGGAGUUGCUGGUGGGUUCGAGCUGCCGGUCUUUUGGUUCGCAUUUAACCACUGCGCCCCCAGGGCACCUAAACAGUAAUCUAGAUCUAUGCAGACAUGCUUGAAACCCUAAGCGGAAGGUCUUGGUUUCAAGGAGAAAUGCCAGCCACCCACAGAGGGCUCUGCUAGAGGCUAUACCUCCAGCCAGCCCUGCCACUGCACCCCCACGGCUCACCCCACUGAUAGAGCAGACUGGAGCCAUCAUCUCCACCACGGACACCAGACCCAAAAACGUCUCGCAGGGAUUCCAUGCAGCGACGACAUUGGCAGCGACCUAGUCCAUCCCCUAAAGCAGCACAGAACCACCAUAAGGGUAAACCAGGUCUACACUAAAGCCACGCCCAAACCUCCAAAGGAAGGAAGAGAAAAACUCCUCAGUCCCAGGGCAUGGCCACACCACCAGGCAGUCCACGUCUACCUAAGUGUGAAAAAAGCUAAGGCCAGUCCAGGCCAACAAGUGCAUGACCUACGGUUUCCAGGGGUGCCUUUGAGACACAGCAUUUCUGGGGGAGAAUGUAAAAGUAGACAUAAGGGUGAGGCACCAUCUGGCAAUUUUGUUGUUGAAGGGGAAAAGAGAGAACCAUGAAAUGGGGACAGACACCACCACCUUCUCAUCGCCAAGAUAGAAAAAAACAUCCACCAGAAAAUCUGAACUUCCCUGCAAUGACAGGUGGCAUUAAACUAGAAAUUUGUGAAACACCCCAAUGCAAAAAACAUGAACAAAAUAAAUGGAUUCGUACAAAGAAAAUCUCACACCCCACAAAGGAGCCCUGGAAGAACCCACAGAAGCAGAAGAAGAGAAGUCAACACCUAAACAGAGGUUUGAUGCACUCUACCAACGAGCCAAAUACUCUACCAAAGACUAGAAAACGUUUGAAGAUACAAGAAAAAAUCACAAGUUGAAAAUUAAAAAGCUAAGAGCAGAAAUGGACACAAUCAGGAAAACAGCUGAUUGAAUUCAGGAAAGAAAUGAAAAAAGAUGGAGAAAUUCAAAAUAAAUUGCAAGGUGCCUAAGAUUCAAAAGUGGAAAUUUUAAGAAAGGGCGUCAAAGGCAGAAAAACGAGAAUGGAGAGAGAACAAGAAGUAAAAAGGGUCAGAAAGAGCAUUGAGGAAAUGGAAGACAGGUGAAGAGGGAAAAGUAUUCUCAUUAAUAUUGGGAGAAGUGAAGCAGAACUAGUAUUUAAAAUUAUCACCCGAGAACCUUCCAGGAAUAGAGACCUGAAUACCCACAUUGAAAGGGCCCACUGGGCACCAAGGAAAACGAAAUCAGAAUAAUCAGCUACAAGACCCUUCCUAGUAAGCCUGUGGUAAAACCCUCAGGGCCCGCAGGCAAAAAGAUAAUUUACAAAGGCGAAGAAGCACGACUGGCCUCUGACUCUUCGAAGCCAAUAUGCAAAGGAAGGUUCAGUAAAAGAAAACGUGAGCUGAGGGCUCUGUUCAGCCAGGCGGUCCUUCAAGAAUCAAGGCUACAGAAAAUCUAUUUUCAACAUAAAAACUUGGGAAAACACUACAGCCGUCAGCCCUUCCUGAGCAGCUUUCUAAAAGAUGUGCUUCAUCCAACCAGGAGAGGGAAACACCAGCAAGAUGACGGAGGGUGAGCAGCUAAAAUCUAUAAGACAGUGAGGAUGAGGGUGGGAGACUGAGGGACCAGUGUUUUAUGUUGUGACAAAGUAGGAGUAACACAACUGUAAAAGGGAGAAGGGAAUCAAACAGAAUGAGCCCGCUGGUUGCUUUGUAGGCACGGGUUGAAGUUACGGAAAACCAGUACUGUUGGCCUAAGUGUGGAUGAGCAGCUUCACGCUGUGGUCCGUCUACACGGUGAAGGACACACAGCUGUGCAAAGCAGCACACGCUGAACUGCUAUGGCAUGAUUUCUCACUUUUCCAUUAUAAAGUGAGAAAAGCAAGGUGCAAAAUAUCUACAGUACACUACUCUUCGUGGAAGAAAGGGGAAACAAAUGAGACUGGUUACCUGUGGAGGGUGGGGGCAGGGCAGGAAGAGCAGGGGAGUAGGGACACGGUAAUGCAGGGAGUAGAGAGUAUAACACUUCUCUGAGAACAUGACUCCUGGGAAAGUUCCCCAUAACCAAAAAUACGUUAAGGUCAAUCAACCCCUACCUCACACCGUGUACAAAAAUUCACUCAAAAUGGAUUAACAACCAAAUAUAAGACCUAAAACCAUACAAGUCUUAAAAUAUAGGGGCACAUCUUCAGGACCUUGCAUUUGGCAUUGGAUUCUCAUGCCACCAAAAGCAUAAGCAACAAAAGACAAAAUAAUUGGACUCCAUCAAAAUAAGUUUUGUGCAUCAAAGGACAUUUAUUUUUAAAGUGAGAAGAUAACCUACAAAAUGGGAGAAAAUGUCUGGGAGUCAUCUGAUAAGAAUUUAAUAUCCAGAAUAUAUGAUGAGCUCUUAACAUUCAACAAAAAGACAACCCAAUCAAAAAGUGGACAAAGGACUUGCAUAGACAUUUUCUCCAAAGAAGAUAAAUGGCCAACAGGCACAUAGAAAGAUGGUCGACAUCAUCGGUCAUUAGGGAAAUGCAAGUCAAAACCACAAUGACUUACUACUACUUCACACACACUGUUGUUCUUAGGUGCUGUCGAGUCAGUUCCGACUCAUAGCGACCCUGUGCACAACAGAACGAAACACUGCCCGGUCCUGCACCAUCCUCACAGUCAUUGUUAUGCUUGUCAUUGUUGCAGCCACCGUGUCAGUCCACCUCAUUGAGGGUCUUCCUCUUUUCCGCUGACCCUGUACUCUGCCAAGCAUGAUGUCCUUCUCCAGGGACUGAUCCCUCCUGACGACAUGUCCAAAGUAUGUAAGAUGCAGUCUUGCCAUCCUUGCUUCUAAGGAGCAUUCUGGCCGCACUUCUUCCAAGACAGAUUUGUUCGUUCUUUUGGCAGUCCAUGGUAUAUUCAAUAUUCUUCACCAACACCACAAUUCAAAGGCGUCAGCUCUUUUUCGGUCUUCCUUAUUCAUUGUCCAGCUUUCACAUGCAUAUGAUGCGAUUGAAAAUACCAUGGCUUGGGUCAGGCGCACCUUAAGUCUUCAGGGUGACACCUUUGCUCUUCAAUGCUUUAAAGAGGUCCUUUGCAGCAGAUUUACCCAAUGCAAUGCAUCUUUUGAUUUCUUGACUGCUGCUUCCACGGCUGUUGAUUGUGGAUCCAAGUAAAAUGAAAUCCUUGACAACUUCAGUCUUUUCUCUGUUUAUCAUGAUAUUGCUCAUUGGUCCAGUUGUGAGGGUUUUUGUUUUCUUUAUGUUGAGGUGCAAUCCAUACUGAAGGCUGUGGUCUUUGAUCUUCAUCAGUAAGUGCUUCAAGUCCUCUUCACUUUCAGCAAGCAAGGUUGUGUCAUCUGCAUAACGCAGGUUGUUAAUGAGUCUUCCUCCAAUCCUGAUGCCCGGUUCUUAUUCAUAUAGUCCAGCUUCUCGGAUUAUUUCCUCAGCGUACAGAUUGAACAGGUAUGGUGAAAGAAUACAACCCUGACACACACCUUUCCUGACUUUAAACCAAUCAGUAUCCCCUUGUUCUGUCCGAACAACUGCCUCCUGAUCUAUGUAAAGGUUCCUCAUGAGCACAAUUAAGUGUUCCAGAAUUCCCAUUCUUCGCAAUGUUAUCCAUAAUUUGUUAUGAUCCACACAGUCGAAUACCUUUGCACAGUCAAUAAAACACAGGUAAACAUCCUUCCGGUAUUCUCUGCUUUCAGCCAGGAUCCAUCUGACAUCAGCAACAAUAUCCCUGGUUCCACGUCCUCUUCUGAAACCAGCCUGAAUUUCUGGCAGUUCCCUGUCGAUAUAUUGCUGCAGCCAUUUUUGAAUGAUCUUCAGCAAGCUUUUGUGUGUGUGUGUGAUAUUAAUGAUAUUCUAUAAUUUCCGCAUUCGGUUGGAUCACUUUCUUGGGAAUAGGCAUAAAUAUGGAUCUCUUCCAGCCAGUUGGCCAGGACGCUGUCUUCCAUAUUUCUUGGCAUAGAUGAGUGAGCACCUCCAGCGCUGCAUCUGUUUGGUGAAACAUCUCAAUUGAUAUUCCAUCAAUUCCUGGAGCCUUGUUUUUUGCCAAUGCCUUCAGAGCAGCUUGGACUUCUUCCUUCAGUACCAUCGGUUCCUGAUCAUAUGCCACCUCUUGAAAUGGUUGAAUAUCGACUAAUUCUUUUUGGUGUAAUGACUCUGUGUAUUCCUUCCAUCUUCUUUUGAUGCUUCCUGCAUCAUUUAAUAUUUUCCCCAUGGAAUCCUUCACUAUUGCAACUUGAGGCUUGAAUUUUUUUCUUCGGUUCUUUCAGCUUGAGAAACGCCGAGCAUGUUCUUCCCUUUUUGUUUUUCUAUCUCCAGCUCUUUGCGCAUGUCAUUAUAACACUUUACUUUGUCUUCUCGAGAGGCCCUUUGAAAUUUUCUGUUCAGUUCUUUUACUUCAUUGUUUCUUCCUUUUGCUUUAGCUGCUGGACGUUCAUGAGCAAGUUUCAGAGUCUCCUCUGACAUUCACCUCGGUCUUUUCUUUCUUUCCUGUCUUUUCAGUGACCUCUUGCUUUCUUCAUGGAUGAUGUCCUUGCUGUCAUUCCACAACUUGUCUGGUCUUCGGUCACUAGUGUUCAAUGAGUCAAAUCUAUUCUUGAGAUGGUCUCUAAAUUCAGGUGGGAUAUACUCAAGGUCAUGUUUUGGCUCUCGUGGACUUGCUCUGAUUUUCUUCAGUUUCAGGGUGAACUUGCAUAUGAGUAAUGGAUGGUCUGUUCCACAGUCGGCCCCUGGCCUUCUUCUGACUGAUGAUGCUGAGCUUUUCCAUUGUCUCUUUCCACAGAUGUAGUCAAUUUGAUUUCUGUGUGUUCCAUCUGGCGAGGUCCAUGUGUAUAGUCGCCGUUUAUGUUGGUGAAAAAAGGUAUUUGCAAUGAAGAAGUCAUUGGUCUUGCAAAAUUCUAUCAUUUGAUCUCCGGCAUUUUCUGUCACCAAGGCCUUAUUUUCCAACUACUGAUCCUUCUUCUUUGUUUCCAACUUUUGCAUUCCAAUUGCCAGUAAUUAUCAAUGAAUCUUAAUUGCAUGUUCAAUCAAUUUCAGACUGCAGCAGCUGAUAAAAAUCUCUAUUUCUUCAUCUUUGGCCCUAGUGGUUGGUGCGUAAAUUUGAAUAACAGUCGUAUUAACUGGUCUUCCUUGUAGGCAUAUGGAUAUUAUCCUAUCACUGACAGCGUUGUACUUCAGGAUCUUGAAAUGUUCUUUUUGACGAUGAAUGCAAUGCCAUUCCUCUUCGAGUUGUCAUUCCAACCAUAGUAGACUAUAUGAUUGUCCAAUUCAAAAUGGCCAAUACCAGUCCAUUUCAGCUCACUAAUGCCUAGGAUAUUGAUGUUUAUGCGUUCCAUUUCAUUUUUGACGAUUUCCAAUUUCCCUAGAUUCAUACUUUGUACAUUCCAGGUUCCGAUUAUUAAUGGAUGUUUGCAGCUGUUUCUUCACUUUUUGAGUCAUGCCAUACCAGCAAAUGAAGGUCCCGGAAGCUUUACUCCAUUCACGUCAUGAAGGUCGACUCUACUUUGAGGAGGCAGCUCUUCCCGAGUCGUCUUUUGAGUGCCUUCCAACCUGGGGAGCUCAUCUUCUAGCACUAUAUCAGACAGUGUACCACUGUUAUUCACAAGGUCUUCACUGGCUAAUGCUUUUCAGAAGAAGACUUCUGGGUCCUUCUUCCUAUUCUGUCUUAGUCUGGAAGCUCAGCUGAAACCUGUCCUCCAUGGGUGACCCUGCUGGUAUCUGAAUACCGGUGGCAUAGCUUCCAGCAUCACAGCAACAUGCAAGCCCCCACAGUACGACAAACUGACAGACACGUGGGGGUCACACCCAGUAGGAUGGCUAAAAUCAAAAGGACAGAAAAAACAAGUGUUGGUGAGGAUGUGGUGAAAUGUAAAAUGGUUUAGCUGCUGUGGAACAGUCCUGCAGUUCCUAAAAAAAACUAGACACAAAACUACUAUAUGACUCAGCAAAUCCACACCUAGGUAUCUACCCUGAGGAAACAUUCUACACCAAAACCCGCACACAAAUGUUUCCUACAGCGCUGUUCACAAUAACCAAGAUGUGAGAACCUGUGUCCACCACAGAUAAGUGAUGAAGUGUGGUUCGUCCAUACAACGGACUCUCAGCUACAACAAGCACAUACACGCUACAGUGUGACUGAACCUCGGAAACAUGCUGAGUCUAAGGAGUUAGACACUAAAGGACAAACGCUGUGUUACCUCCUUAUAUGAAAUGUCCAAAACAGGCAAAUACAGAGAGACAGGAAGUGGAUCAGCGGUUGCCAGUGGCUGGGGGAGGGGAAAUGGCAAGUUACUGCCUAAGGGUACAGUUUCUCUUCAGGGUGAUGAAAAAAUUUUAAAAAGAAAUAGUAGUGAUGGCCACACAACAUUUGUUCUUAGGUGUUGUCGAGUCGAUUCUGACAGGAUGAAACGCUGCCCACUCCUGUGCCAUUCUGACAAUCAUUGCUAUCUACGUUUGAGCCCAUUGUUGCAGCUACACGAUACAGUGUUGUAAUUAAUGCCAUCGAAUUGUGCACUUAAAAAUGGUAAAAACGCCAAAUUUCGUUAUAAACAUACCUUAACCAGAAUUAAAAAAAAAAAAAUCAAGAUGUGGGGAGUACACAGAGUGGGAUAUACACAGUGACACACACUCAAGAUGUGGGGAGUACACAGAGUGGGACAUACACAGUGACACACACUCAGCUACGGGGAAUGCACAAUCACUGCCCUGAAGGAGUGCGGAAGAAAAGGAACCUAGUAACACAAAGAAAACAAAAAUCCUCACAACUGCACCAGUGAGCAACAUCAGGAUAAACGGAGAAAAGAUUGAAGUUGUCAAGGAUUUCAUUUUCCUUGGAUCCACAAUCAACAGCCACGGAAGCAGCAGUCAGGAAAUCAAAAGACGCAUUGCAUUGGGUAAAUCUGCUGCAAAGGACCUCUUUAAAGAGUUGAAGAGCAAAGAUGUCACCCUGAAGACUAAGGUGCCCCUGACCGAAGCCAUGGUGUUUUCAAUCGCAUCACAUGCAUGUGAAAGCUGGACAAUGAAUAAGGAAGACCGAAGAAUUGAUGCCUUUGAAUUGUCGUGUUAGCAAAGAAUAUUGAAUAUACCACGGACUGGCAAAGGAACGAACAAGUCUCUUGUAGAAGAAGUACAACCAGAAUGCUCCUUAGAAGCAAGGAUGUUGAGACUAUGUCUCACAUACUUUGGACAUGUUGUCAGGAGGCAUCAGUCCCUGGAGAAGGACAUCAUGCUUGGUAAAGUACAGGGUCAGCGAAGAAGAGGAAGACCCUCGACCACAUGGAUUGACACAGUGGCUGCAACAAUGAGCUCAAGCAGAAUGGUUGUGAGAUGGCGCAGGACCGGGCAGGGUUUCGUUCUCUACUCCGUAGGGUCACUGUGAGUCAGAACUGACUGGACGCCACCCAACAGCAACAACAGGCUAAAGGACAAGAGGAGGAGUACAUAAAUACUGCGGAUUUGAUUUUCACAGAAAUAUGAAACCAAGCUAUGUGUGUUCUGGUUCAAAUAGAUCAGUAAAGGUGUGGUACCCACCUCAUAAGCCAGGCUUCUCCCAGUCAGAGAAAGAAAUUAGGAACAAAGACGGGGGAAGGUAAGAAGGAACCCUGUGGUGUUGGUCUGGAAUCAGAGGAUAUCAGUACAAACUGGCUUUUAAUAUAUAAACACGUGUAAACGGUAAAUGCAGAAACUGAGGUGUGUGUGUGCAUGUGUUAGCACACACGCAAGCAUCUCCUAGUUCCAUCCAUGGAGCAGCCUGCGAGCAAUGGCAGCCCAGAGCCCAGAUCAUGGUGUCUAACUACCAUUCACCAAUAAAAAGAACCAGGGCGCCUCAGAAACAUGGUGGAUUCCAGGGCCAGGGCAGGGAAGACAGGAAGAGCUUGGCACAUCUAUAGUGCUAGAACAUAAGCAAGUGCUCAAAAAGGGCCCAGGAGCCAACCUGAAAGAGUUCCUCGUGGCUAAAACUGAGAUAAUGUGAGCAACAACCUAAGCAAUACAGUAUUGGAUUAUAACCUGCAGCAUAAAAUAAACGCUCAUGAGUCUGUACUGAUACAAAUACAUGAAUGAAUAAGUGGGAGAGAGGGGCAGCUCUUCCUUUGAGCAGAAUUCUACUUAAUGACUAGAAGGAAUGAUGGAAAUACAAAAUCACCAGUCGGCAAUCAGGACGGGAUCACUGUCACCGGCCAGGACCAUAGAUGGCUGCCACAGUUAGAAAACUUUGAGGAGAAAGUAUUUGCACAGAUACCUCCGUGCAAGAUGCUGCUUGUGAAUUACAAGAAUAAAACCAGGAACUAGACGGUGAAGAACCUGCUCAGCACCUCCAGGAGUAAGACCGAUUGGACACCGCGUGCCCCCAGAUAUGGCCACUGAGAAGGACACAAUGGUUUUCUUACAAAAAAAAAAAAAAAGGCACAA